UCACUUUUUAACCAAUUUGAUUGAAGUACUAAGUACAUGUAAGUGUUUGUAUCAUACUACUUGACCUGUUAGGAUCAAUGAAUUGUGAUGUUGUAUCUAAAACUUUACAAAAGCCUGUUCUGAUGUUCAAAAACACAUGAAGAAGAUUAUGCUGAUGUGUUCUGAAUGUAACGAAAAUGUUCCGGAAUGGGAAAUUAUAAAUCAAGACCAACAGUGUCAUGUGCUGAUGAAUUAAAAAAGAAAAUCAGUGAGAGUUAUUCUAUAUUCCGUUCUCGAGUAAUAGAAGAUUUACGACCAAGAGAUUCAGAUUGGUCAGAACUUCAGCAACUAUGUGCAAAAUGUGAUGUAAAUGAGUUGAAAGAAAUUUUAACAGAUGAAAAUGUCCUGGAGAAUACUGAUGGAAACUUUACUCUGCUACACAUAGCAUGUCUUUCUGGAACAAGUCGAUCAUUAGUAGACUUAUUGAUAAAGAAAGGUGUGCAACCAUGUGCUCUGACUAAAAAUCAGUUUGCAGCUAUUCAUUUAGCAGCUUACAAGGGUGAUAUUGAGUGUGUGCAAUAUUUAUUAGAACAUGACAAUGUUGAUGUUAACCUACCAGGAAACAGUGGUAUUACUCCUCUACACAUUGCUGCUAUGUGUGGCCACUCUGAGAUCACCAGUCUUUUGCUGGAAAAUGGUGGUUUGAUAAACAAAGGAGAUGCUGUGAAGUUUUCACCGCUUCACCUAGCUAGUAAUUUUGGUCAUGACAAGGUUGUAGAACUUCUGAUUUCUUGUGGUGCAGAUAUCAAUAUAUCUGGUGGGGUCGGGGACAGACCUCUACAUUUAGCAUGUUCCAAAGGCCAUUUGAAUAUUACCAAGCUGUUAAUCAAUGGUACUUCUAAGCAAAUAGCAGACGUAAAUGUGACAGAUGAUGAGGAGCACAGACCCAUACAUUUUUGUUGUAAAUCAGGACAUCUUAUGGUGCUACAUUAUCUUCUAGAACACCAAGCUGAAGCACAUGGUGAAAAUAUCUAUGGUGAUACUCCACUGCAUUUAGCUUGCUACAAUGCUAAAGUUGAAGUUGUAAAACAGCUUGUAUCUCUAACUGGUCCUGAUAGUCUGGUAAAGGAGAAUUUGUUUGGUGAAACACCACUCCACAGUGCAUGUACCAAUGGCAGAAGUCUAGAAUUAAUCAAAUUCCUGUUAGAACAACCAGUGGUCAAUAUAAACUGUCAGGGUAAAGAUGGUCACACAGCAUUACACAGUGCAUGUUACCAUGGUCAUAUUAGAGUAGUACAAUUCUUACUAGAAUGGAGAGCGGACAUGAACUUGGUGGCUCAAAUUGUUGACCAGAAAGAUGGAAAUGAGAAGAUUGAAGAACAAACUGCUUUGAUGUGGGCUUAUGAACAAGGUCAUGAUUCCAUUGUUACACUACUUAAACAUCAUAAACUACCACAAGAAGAGUCUGCAUGUGGAGACUAUUCACAGCCCGGGGGUGAAGGGUCGUAUGUAUCUGUCCCAUCACCCCUAGGGAAACUGAAAAGUAUGACCAGAGAGAAAAUUGAUGUACUUCAGUUACGAGCCGAACUGCCGAGACAUUUUCAAUUACAGUUGACAGAUCUGAUAUUUCAGGAACCUAUUGGUAGUGGAUCAUUUGGAAAAGUUUACAAAGGUUUUUUUGAUGGAAAAGUUUGUGCAAUCAAAAGAUACAGGGGUAAUUCCUUUGGUGCCAAGUCUGAUGUAGAUAUGUUUUGUAGAGAAGUAGCCAUCCUGUCCAAGCUCAAUAGUCCCUAUGUUAUUAAUUUUGUUGGUGCUACCUUAGAUGACCCAAGUCAAUUUGCUAUUGUCACCCAGUAUGUAAGUGGUGGAUCAAUCUUUAGUAUUAUUCAUGAACAUAAAAGGUUGAUUGAUGUACAGUCCAAAUUGACUAUUGCCAGUGAUGUAGCCAAGGGUAUGAUGUACUUACAUAACCUCCCACAACCGAUUAUCCACCGAGAUCUCAACAGCCAUAAUAUACUACUGGACGAGGAUGGUCAUGCCCUCGUGGCCGAUUUUGGAGAAUCCAGAUUUCUAAGGUCAACUGAAGAUAACAUGACAAAACAACCUGGGAAUUUAAGAUGGAUGGCUCCCGAAAUCUUUACUCAGUGCAAUAAAUACAGUAUUAAAGCUGAUAUAUUCAGUUACUCACUAUGUCUUUGGGAACUUCUAUCUGGAGAACUCCCAUUUUCUCAUCUCAAGCCAGCUGCAGCAGCUGCAGAAAUGGCUUACCAUAAUACUCGCCCACCGAUAGCUGUUACAUUUCCUAAACCUAUUGUAGCUUUUCUACAAAGAGGAUGGCAUGCUAAUCCAGAGGAUCGUCCAGAAUUUCGUGAAAUUUUGCCAUUUAUUGAAGAAUGCAGAGAAUCUCAAGCAGCUGGAACUAUCAAUAAUACAUCCUCUACUGCCAGUCUGGUGGCACAUUUCACUUCAGCACUACCUCAACUCAAAGACGAGGACUCUGAAGAGGAAGGACGAGCUACGCCACCCCCUUCUGGUACAGUGACAGCACUCAGAACAAAAUGGGAACUGGAAGCUAAUAGGAACAGCACUGUACCAUUAGAAGAGAUAAGGAGAAGGCUUCAGUUUCCACAGAUAGACAAAAAUGGUUAUGUAUCUGAUCCACUUAGUACUCUUCGACUACCAGUAACUUUACCAAUGUCAGACUCUUGCAGUGAUAUAAGUAGUGCCUCAACCACGUCCAGUAUCACAUAACAGCACAGGAAACCUUAUAGAAAUGUAGUACAAUCUGAUUAUUUCAUAGACAAGUGGAUUUAGUACAGAAUGAUUUAGAAUGGAAACUUUUCUACAUAAUCAAUGACUCCAGAAAACAUGCAUUAUCAUACUUUUAAGAAACCUUAUAGAAAUGAGUUCAGUCUUAUUAUAACAUAAAGUUAAUUGGAUUUAGUACAAAAAAUCAAAAAAAUGGAAACUCCCUUACAAAGCUAUGACUUCUGAGACCAUGCAUCAGUGUUCUUUUCAAGGACAUAUUCAUUAGCUGUAGUGUGUAAUAUUGAAGUUUUGAUUGAAUCUCUAGUGAAAUUAUUGUAUGGGCAUUAUCAUACUAUUCAAAUAAUACCUCAGAUUGAUAGAUAUCUUUUUUUUGUCAUAUAUGAAAUCCCAAGUUAGAAUUGUGUAUGGGCAUUAUUAGAUAUAUUUGAUAGUAUUGUUUUCAGUCAGCAGUUAAUGCAAAAUACUGGUACAUUAAUUCUUAUUAGGAUUUUAUACAUUUUUUAAAAUAUUUUUUUAAGGUCACUCCAGUAUAAUCAUCCUGAUUUGUUAUUUUAUUUUCAUACAAUUUGAUAUACAUUGUUUAAUUCAUAUAGAUAUGAGCUAAAACUAGUUUGGCUUUGAAUCAUUACCAGGUGCUAUUAGUCAUGUGUUUUUGGCAUGACCUACCUUUAAUUUGUCAUAAAUGCUUAUUUGUUUUUAUGGAAACAUUUAAAUGUGAAACAAAAUUAAUAUGUUCAAAUAACAGUGUCAAACUUGUGAAAAUGUCCCCAGACACCAUCUUUACUAACAGAAUUAUACAUAAAGACAUUUUUGUACUUUUUUUAAUUGUCAAGUUUUACAAGUGUCAUUUAAAAUAGGUAUCAACAGAUGCAUUACUUGAAUAUUUAAGGUAGCACAAUACAAAGAUUUUAUAACUCCAACCCCCAAGUUUUAAAAUACUGUAACUUUCUUAAUAUUGCUUGAAAAUUUAAAAAAGUAGUAGUUUUGGAUAGCUAACAGAUUACUCUUUCAAAUUAAUGCAAUAUUAGUAUUAUGCAACAAUUAUGUAACCAAUUAUGAUGUUAACUGUGUCUAAAAUAUUUUUUCACCAAAUUUCCACUUUCAAAUGAAAUUAGCUUCUGCAUAGGUAUCCCUAGAGGAUUGAUUUUAUUAUAUGUUGUUCCUAUGGCCAUUAUCUACAAAAGGGUGUCUCAGAUUUCAGAUAGAAUGUAUAGAACAAAUUUUACAGCUAAUUAAACAUUAUCUUCUUUUAUGUGGUUAGGAUGUUUACACUAAUUAGAGAUUUAUGAGAGAAUGGAAUACCAUAGAGACAAUCUGAGACAUCCUUUUGAAGCCCAGGAUGUGCUGAUUAAAAUUUUCUAUAUAGUUAAAGAGAUGAUAGAGCUAAAUUCAUUCAAGUGAACUUACCCAGAUUUUGCCACUAAUUACAUAAUAAUUGAUUACAUAAUGAUUGCAUACUAAACAUAUUGCAUUCAUUUAAAAGAUUCAUCUUUUAUCUAUCUUUAUAUACCUCUUUUAUUAUUUUCUAUUCAUUCAUAAGAAAGUUACAGCAUUUCAAAGGUUAGUGAUGGGCAGUAAACGAAUCUUUGUAUUGUGCUACCUUGACCAAAAUAUUCAGACAAAAACUCAUAGCCGACAUGUAUAAAAAAAACAUUCAGUCCUUAAAUAGACAAAUUCAACUGUGAGAGCAUUUUAAAUAGACAUUCUUACUAUCAUAUUAUUGAUUAAAAAUGUUAAAAUGUAAAAUACACAAAAAUGGCACAUACUUAAAUUUUAUGAAACUGACAACUAAGGAGAUGUUUUUAUAAAAGAAAAUAUUAUUAUUGACUAAAAAAAAGUACAAUAAAAUACCAGUCAUAAGACAGAUAAGGGCAUUUGUUGGCCUUAUUUUUGGCUGAAAUGGGUGUUCUUGAUUAUAAGGUACAGGUUUACAUUUAUGGCCACUAUUAGAUGAGAUAAUACAUAUCUAAAACAAAUAGGUUGUGAUUCAUGACUAAAUCCAAGUGAUGCCAUCAUACCUCUUUUAAGAUUUUUUAACACAUGAAACUAGAGUGCAUGGUAGAAGUUUCUCAUUGAUUUACUGUAAUCCUUUUCUAUACUAGCAAUACAUCUCAUAAACAUAUUUACAUGGUUCAUGUAUGCACUUGAUAAUUAUAGUCACAAAACUGUGCCAAAAUACUUGUAUUCACGUAUCGUCUUCUUUUUUUUUUUUUUUUUUUUUUUUUUUUUUACAGUAAUGGUUAAUUUAUGCCAUCUUUUGAUCUUUUUUUUAAGCCAAAUAUGGCAGCAGCCUUUUCCUUUUGAGUCGAAUUAAAUUCUUACUUCAAAAACCACAGUGAAGUUGUAUACCUUUGAAUGAUAUUACAUGUAGUAGUGUUACUUUUCAUAAUCAAAUAUAAAAAAUAUUGUAGUUCAUUAUUUAAACAAUCAAAGUCAUACUAUAUCUUUUAAAAGCUAUUAUCAGCAUUAUAGUAGUGUUAGCAAUUUACAAUGUGCCAAGUAAUUUUUUUAAAAUCAUAGAAUAAAAAAUUAUGGAAAGAAUAAAGCUUAUUUAUGCAAUA